AUGGCGCCGCCCAGUGACUAUGCAGUCCCAGGCGGCGGGGCAGGCCGCUUGAAGCUAAAAGGCAUCCAAGAUGGACGGAUCGAGAAGAAAAAGAAGAAAAAGAAAGCCAAAGCCAACAACCCGGAGCAGGACCAGGCCAAAGAACUCUUGAAACCCGAGGAUGAUGAACACUCCGCCGAUGAGCGCGACGCUCGCAGCCGGAGUAGGAGCGCAGCUGCUGCUGAUCAGCCGGCGGAUGCUGGGAAGACAGAAGCAGAGCGGAGGUAUGAAGAGGCGAGGAAGAAGAGGCUACAUGAGCGGCUAAAACGAGAGGGAGCAAAGACACACAAAGAGCGCGUGGAGGAGCUUAACAAGUAUCUAAGCAGCCUGAGUGAGCAUCAUGAUAUGCCUAGAAUUGGACCCGGAUAA